CCGAGAUGGGUUGCCCACCGAGUAUCAUGGAGGUCUAUCUAAAUAUUCUGCAAGAUAGUCAAUCCGUUUAUCGGAACCAAUCAUCAUAUCAUAGAAAAGUUAGCUUCAACUUGAAGGCAACGGUUGCUGACAACCAUGACAUCCUCAUAUCCUUACACACCUACAACGUUCCGGGCAACUGUGAAACCGCGCCCAUGGGUACCAUUCAAGUCUCAUGAAGGGCCCGUCAAAGUCCCGUUCCUGCCCUUCAAGCCCAGGUCCGAUGACUUGCUCGGCGUCUAUAACAUCAGCACGCAUAUUAUACCUGGAGCUAAUCCCAGGAUCACCCCAGAUAUUCCAGUUCCCGAGCCGCCUCCUCGCUCUUCGAAAAGAACCGGGAAGGAUAUCAAGAAACUAGGACUCGAACUCAUGGAACAACAGGCCCGGUUAGUGGAGGACGGUUAUUCCGCAGUUGCGAACGAAAGGUUGCUGUGGAAUUGUGUCAACCGGUAUGUGAAGAAGGACCGAGACGUCAAAGUCAGAACGAAGGGGAUCACAUUAUUCCUUGUGCACGGAGCAGGCUUUCCGAAGGAAAUUUGGGAGACCACCCUAUGUUACCUACUAACUGCUUGUGGUGUCAUAGACGAGAUAUGGUCAUGGGAGUUCGUGCAACAUGGCGACUCUGCUCUGCUGAACAAACAUAAUCUCAGUGGUACCUUUGACUGGACUGACAACGCGAGAGACAUCGCAAACUUUCUCAUUAACUAUAUGCCAGAAGAGGUAGAAACAUCUCUCCCCAUUCAACUUCAUCGACUUCCUGCAUCCAUCGGUGAAUCACGUCAAAAGAGUGGCUUCUCCUCCCGGACCUUGGUCGUAGUAGGACACUCGUUUGGAGGUUGCUCAGUGACGUUAACUGCGUUGCACUUCCCUACCUUGUUCUCCUCGAUGAUUCUCCUCGACGCGAUGAUUGAUACUUUCCAGAAAUAUACGUGGGAGCACACGCAGUACUUGGUUGGGGCUACUUUGUUAAGGCGUGAUCAAUGGCCAACACGGGAGGACGCCCUGCGUUCCUUUAAAUCUUCACCCAUGUUCUCCGCUUGGCAUCCCGACGUCCUUCGGCUCUAUGUUGAUUUCGGACUGUACGAGGAUGAUAGCGGAGGCGUCAGAUUGAAUACGUCUCCCGUUCACGAGGCUCUUAUCCUCGCGAACCCACGGGUUAGCCUUGAAACCUGGGAAUUGAUGGAAACGCUUGACGAAAAGAUUGAGCUACUGUGGAUUCUUCCCGGAAAACCAAGCCAGGAUGUGUCGAUGCUAGUGGAAGAUAGGAAGCAGCGUGCUUGGCGCAGACCUGCCAAUUCAUCUAACAUCAUCUUCAAGUCGUCUAGCCAUCUCAUCCCUCAAGAGGCUCCAGAAGAGCUUGCGCAAGUCAUUGCCAACUUUCUGAACAGGAAAUAUGUUAUUUCCUCAGGGAAAUCAAAGCUCUAGAAUCGUGUAUAAGAAUGAGCCGGAAACUUUAGGAACCAUCACGGUACUUAAACUUUGACUAGGCCCUGGAUAAUAUCACGUAGAGCAUGGCUUU